AUGAGGGCACAGUGGCUGUGGUUUGGUUCUCCACACUCUGACAGUCUGGCUCAAAUGACUAGAAAAUGUGUUCAUGUCCUCUGCUUCCACAGGGAGAAGAUGAUCUCCAGCCUCCUGCUGCUGCUGGUCCUGACCUCCUCUGUCUGUGGAAAAAUUACUGUGAAUGUGAGCCAGCCUGUCUACCAUGCCGUGGAGAACGGUAGCAUCAUGAUGGAAUGGAUCUUCACACCCAUCAUACCCCUCAUCAACCUGAAUGUCUAUUGUUCAUUUUGGUUGUCCGAUCAUAGGACUUCUAAGACUUUAUAUCAUCUACAAGGUGGCGUUGAACACCCAAAGUUUCAAGACAAGCAGUUUGCAGGACGAGCUCGAUGGGACAGGGAGGACCUGGGAAAAGGACUAUUCAGACUCCACCUGUCCAGACUCAGUAUCAACGACUCUGGCAUUUACAGGUGUGAAGUGUUCACUGAACGUGAUGGUACUGGAGGUUUCAAUGCGUGCUUCCUCAAUGUCACUGCUGCAAAACACCUGCCAGAAGAGCCAAAGGAGGGAGAGGAUGGAGCGGCCGUCAGCAUCGGAGUUGUGAUUGUAGCUGUGAUCGGUUCUCUUAUAGCUCUCACACACCGGGACCUGCCUGUGCUGAGUUCCACUGUGUUCCUGUGA